GUUUCCUCGCCAGCAGGAACCAGGCGGGGGAAAUGCCGGCUCAGCAGUUAUUCACCGCUGCUGGAAGCCAACUUCUCUCCCGUUUUCGGUCUUCAGACGGUUUCUGAAAAAGCAGCCGGCGGAGGGGCUGCAGGGGGAGCUCCUGCCGCUUCCCCACUGCGGGUGGCGGUGCCAGCGCCGCGCACACCUUGCCGGGGGCCGGGCGGCUGCAAGGGGUGAACUGCGAGCCCAGGAGGAGGAGGAGGAGGAGAAGAAGAGGCUCCUCCCCAUCCCACCCCUGCUCCAGCCGCGGCCGGGCGCUGCGAGGAGCCGGGGCGAUGCUGGCGGCUGCGGCGCUGGGCUUGGCGGCGCUGGGCUGGGCGACGGGGACCCGGCUGCCCGGUGGACAGACAGUUUGCAGGGGUGGAACGCAGCGGCCGUGCUACAAAACGGUUUAUUUUCAUGAUGCUUCACGCAGGGUCACCUAUGAAGAAGCACACUUUUACUGCAGAGCUGACGGUGGACACUUAGUCAGUAUUGAAACAGAAGCGGAGCAAGGAUUGAUUCAAAAAUUUAUUGAGAGUCUCAUGGCUUCUGAUGGAGAUUUUUGGAUAGGUCUUAGAAGGAAAAAGGCAGAGGUAGACAACAGCACAGACUGUCAGAACCUCUAUUCCUGGUCUGAUGGCAGCUCAUCCAAGUUCCGGAACUGGUAUGUAGAUGAGCCAUCCUGUGGGAGUGAAAUCUGUGUUGUGAUGUACCACCAGCCAUCUGCCCCACCAGGUGUUGGAGGUCCUUACAUGUUUCAAUGGAAUGACGACAGAUGCAACAUGAAAAAUAACUUCAUUUGCAAAUAUUCUCUUGAGAAGCCAACAACUGCUCCAAUUGAGAACUCUCCAAGAGAUGUCACAACAGAGCCUUUCAAUGCGCUAUUCCCAGAAGAACGCCAUAAGCAAGAUGCUAAUGUAACAGUUAAAGAAGCCAAAGAACCUGUUCAGAGUCUUGCCUACAUCCUCAUUCCCAGCAUUCCUGUGCUGCUUCUCCUGAUGGUCAUUACAGCCAUCUUCUGUUUUUGGAUUUUUGCAAAGAGGAGAAGGGAACAAAUGGAAGCAAGCCCCAAGGAGGAAGAUGCCUGGCUCUCUAACCACAGGAGGAACAGUCCAAACCUGGAGAUUUACAAAGUAAUCAAGAAGCAAUCCGAAGCAGAUCUGGCUGGAACCAGGCCUGACAUUAAGAACUCUUCCUUCCGCACACAAGAAGAGAAGGUGCUCGACAGCCUCUCCAGGGAUUAUGAUGAUGUGGCAAUGAACACGUCGAGCGGCUUUGUGACGUUGGCUAGUACUGAAAGUGGCUUUGUGACCAAUGAUAUCUAUGAACUGUGUGGAGAUCGUGUGGGGAGGAGCAAGGAAUCAGCCUGGGUGGAGAAUGAGAUUUAUGGAUAUUAAGGAAAUGGACAAAAAAGCCUGAGAUGUGGAUGACAAAGUGAAUGUCAACACAAGUUAACCUGCCCUCCCCAUGCACUUGUUUGAAAGAUAGCAUAUGGGAGGUACACAGGUUUUGCACCAUCCCUGUAUUCUUCUUUUUCUCUGAAAGAAUAUGGGUUUUAAAGAUCCAAACUGGAAAGUAUUUAUAUAUCUUGCUCUGCAUCAAACCCCCAUUUUGCCCCAGCAGUAGCUCCAGUCCUGAUACUUCUUGCACUCCAAAGAAGAAAGUAUUAAUGUCCUUGAAAUUAAAGAACAAUACAAAAUACCUAUUUAUUUAAACUGACCCGCACAUCUUCAGAGGCACUGAAAGUCGAAAGUCAAUCACUGGGCACACCUUGCUUUUUUCCUAGGUGUCCUAAAGGGAGCUGCUGUGGUUGCAGGGUGGUCAUUCUUCCUAUGCCAGCCUGUCCCAGCUGCGUGGCUUCCAUAUGACCCUGGCAGGCACUUCACUAGGGGAGUACUGUGGUUUCUACUGCUUUUCCUCCUAGUUCUUACUGCCAAGGUAGCGUGUAUGAGUCAUAGCACAGAACUGUGUUACUUGCACCUUUAAGUUGAUUUUGAAAGAAUCUCAGUAAGUGCAAGGCUAAGUUGUCCCCUCACUUAAUCUUUCUGGAAAAAGGAAUUGCCAAGCAAGCAACAGGGGACUUCACUCCAAAGCUCAAGGCAGAGCAUGGAGUACUCCAAAGCUUUCUGGUCUUGGAAAUUGUUAUUGGAAACUACUGCAGUCUACUUAGCUGUCUAGAGAUGUGCUAAUUUGACCUAAGUGACAAAUAGCAGAUCCUUUCUUGUAAAAGGAAUAGCCAGUUGGAGGGCUUUUUGCUGCCUUGGGCCUGAGACCUAUACUGAAUUCCCCAAAGACUGACAUCCUGGUGUUAGUCUCCAUACAAAUAGUUUUUCAAGAGGUAGGUGAACAUGAAACUGGAUUAAAAGUAGUAUUUUUGAUAGGCAAACUACAGUAUUGUGCUAAUCAGUUAUAAUAAACUCUUGUCUAUUUACAGGGGCUUAAUGUAUUCCAGUAUGUAGAUUAAAAAAGUAUCAAGGGGAAGUACUGAGGAGAUGGUUCAUGAAAUUCCCACAUGAAGUGGGAGAAGAAAUAGUAUUUUAACAUAGUUUUCAAGGCAUUGUUUUGAAGCCACAUUAAGUAUCUAUUUUCAACACAUUUAAAGGAGUAGAAAUGAAUGAUAAAGAGGGUAUAGCUGCCAUAACUAAAUAUAAACUCAGGUGCAAUGAGAAUUUUCCUGAAAAAAAGUUCAAAAAUUUCCAAAUCAGAGAUUCAUUUUCAGUGCAUGAGGAAGAGGACAUAGCAGCAUCUCCCAUACAGGCUUUUAAUUUGUGAUGCCACGUAGUAAAGAGCAUCACAGUAUAUGUUCGAGAAGAAAGACUGUGAAUGGGGGCUCAGGAGCAGUGCUGACAACCUGGGGUCAUAAUUAACUUGUUUUUGCUGAGGUCUUUCUGACGUGUUUUGUUCACGAGACAUGGUCAGAUCAAUGUUUGUGUCUCAGAAGUAAGGCCUUAUUACAACAAUCUCUAUAGGAACUUGCAGCGAACUCCUGCGGCAAAGUCGUUUGUCAGUGCAGUGAAGUAGCAGAGGAGUUUGGAUAAAAACAUAAAUUCAACUCAAUGUAUUGAGCUGAAUGUAUUCAAGGCAAAAUCCCAUGUGCUGCUGGAUAUGGCCUUGCUUUAGCUGAAUGCAACUGAAAAAGUUAGCUUGUGGGAAGCUGGAAGUAUGUGUAAAUUUCAAGGUUUUUAGAAAGACUGGGAAGGGAAUUGAGAUGUAUCAAAUAAGCACACUAGUUGCAUAAAGAACUAUUUUCUGUAAGAUGUUUGAUGUCUGUAUGAGGCUUGCAAAACUGAAAAUACACUAAGACUCCCCCACUGAAACAAAAAGGCACGGUCCGUUCCUCUGCUCCCCAGUUGCUCCAGGCUAUAGACAGGCAACACAGUGUUGUUUUGCUCUUCUGCUUUUUAAAGAGGUUUGUCCUUACCUGAACACACCGGUGCUAAAUGAAUGUGUGGGAUUUGGAGCACAAGUUCUGCAGACUUUGAGGCCAAGUCAGUGGCCAUGCUAUACUGAUAGCAGUAUGGCCUCUGGAUUAUUAUUUUUUUUAAGUACAAAACUAGCCUGAGUUUCUUAUGUGAAUUGAGUCCAGCUGUUAAUACUGAAGUCAGGAAUAUGCUUGGAGGCUUGCAUUCAGAGCUGCACAGAUUUUUGCUGGAAAUCUUUGCAUGCUCAUAGCUGUGUGUGUAGAAAGCUUUGUGAGGUUAGGCCAUUAACAUUUCUGUUCUGUCUGUUCUGAUGUCUCAGCUGUUUCAUACAUCUUUAAUAUAUUCUGAAGGCAAAUAUGUUCAGCUUUGAGUAAAGCAGCUCAUUUUGCUUUGUCUGCGCUUAUUCUGUUUUCAAUUACUCCAGCAAUGGAGAUGUUUCUUAACUGGUGUUUUCAUUUGAGUGUAUCCCAUUGGACUGAGAGAGAAGUGGGAGUGUCACACAACCAUGUCAAACACUGGGAAGCUGGACAUCUGCAUUGAAGAAAAAAGCAGUUAGGACGUUCUGAUGUAUUUGGGGCCACUUGGAUUCAGUUCUAUACUGUCUCUGAUCUUAGCCACCCAGUGCCUCGGUUCCAUGCGGAAAAUGAAAAUAACAGCAUUUCACAGGCUUUCAGGAAUGCUUGGAAUUGGAAAAUGAGCGACUCCAAACUGAUUUUGAGACUACAGUAAUAAGGCCUUAUAAUUGCCAGAAUUUUAAUUUUUCUUGUCCAGCAGAUCUGUGGAGCAAUUUUGAAGCGUGUCUGCACUAAGUCGUUAGGUAUUAAAAACUUUGGAUUAAAGACAUGGUUUGAUUGAACAGUUCUGCUACCUGACCCUGUGUAUAACAAUUCAUGUUUUUAUUCUGUUGGAUCAUGUUCAACCUUUUCAUAAGCUAAAUAAAAAUAGUAAAUUCCCAUUUACCUAACUAGACUAAAAAAAAAAAAAUAAUAAUAAUCUGCUAUUCAGUA